UGAAGAUACAGCAGGCUGCUUCAAACCUUUCUCUUAUCUUGUAAACCUCCUCAUCAUCAUGUCCUCAUCAAAGGCGAGUUCUUACGAGAAGUUCUCAGAUGCUCCGGCAACGGGUAUUCCGGUGAACUCCAGCGACCCCUACUAUAGUCAUCCUGCUCAUGAUAACUCCCACAUGCCAGCAGAUGCUCCUCCAUAUCAUCAUCAUCUCCAUGCUCGAGCCCCCGAGCCUUGGAAAUCCGGCCUCCUUGACUGCUUCUCCGAUCCCAAAAGCUACUGCCUAACAUUUUGGUGUCCUUGCGUCACCUUUGGCCAGAUUGCUGAGAUUGUGGAUAAAGGCUCUACAUCUUGUGGUGUAAGUGGAGCAUUGUAUGCGUUGAUAGCUUUUGUGACUGGUUGUUCUUGCAUCUAUUCUUGCUUCUACCGCUCGAAAAUGAGGCAGCAGUAUUCUUUGGAAGAGAGCCCUUGUGGUGAUUGUUUGGUUCACUGCUUCUGUGAGGCCUGCGCCUUGUGCCAGGAGUAUCGUGAGCUCGAAAGUCGCGGUUUCAACAUGUCCAUUGGAUGGCAUGGAAAUAUGGAUGCAAGGAACCACGAAGUAGCAAUGGGCUCGAUGCCCCCCAUGGUGGAGGGAGGCAUGAGUCGAAAUAAAAAUGAGAAUAAGAAGAUUUAUGCUGGGACUAUCGAAUUAUAAUUUUUUU